AUGGAGACUUACUUGGAGGCUAUAGAUCUUUGGGAAGCAGUGGAAGAAGACUAUGAGAUUUCUGCAUUGCCUACUAACCCCACUGUGGCACAAAUCAAAACACAAAAAGAAAAGAAGAUAAGGAAAUCAAAGGCAAAAGCUUAUUCAAGGAUUAUAGAGAAAAUUAUUGUAACAGUACCUGAAAGGUUUAAGGCUACCAUCACCACCUUAGAGAACACGAAGGAUAUGUCAAAGAUUACUUUGCCGGAACUCUUAAGUGCUUUACAAGCACAAGAGCAAAUGCGUGUAAUGAGGCAAGAAAGGGCUGCCGAAGGUGCUUUACUAGUUAAGCAUCAAGAUGAUGGAAAGAACAGGAGGUCAAAGAAUAAAAUUUUUCACGCUGCGAGUAGAGAAAUCUUUGCAUUUGGGAACAGAAGUAAAACUGAAAAUAGAACAUCAAGAGUAAAAAGGAUUAUCCUCCAUUUUAACAUUGCGGCAAGAAAGGUCACGCUCCUUUUAAGUGCUAGAGAAGACCAAAUGCAAAGUGCACAACAAGAAGAUGAAGCGCAAGUGGCAGAUCGAGAAGAAGAUCAGCUUUUUGUUGCAACUUGUUUCAAUAGUCAUGAAACAAGUGAAAGUUGGCUCAUUAAUAGUGUUUGCACUAAUCAUAUGACACAUGACAAAGAGUUGUUCAAAGAAUUGAAGAGUACCGAGUCCAAGAAUGUCAGAAUUGGGAACGAUGACUACAUUGCAGUCAAAGGAAAGGGCACUAUAGCCAUUACAAGCUGUUCAGGUACCAAGUUUAUUACUGAUGUUUUAUAUGUACCUGAUAUUGAUCAAAACUUGCUUAGUAUUGGUCAAUUAGUAGAGAAGGGAUUCGAAGUGAAGUUCAUGGAAAAGGCAUGUGUGAUAGAGGAUGCUACAGGACAGAAGAUGUUCGAAGUUAAGAUGGAAAGAAGAAGUUUUUCCCUCAAUCCAAUGCAGGAGGAGCAAUCAGCUUUUCUAAUCAAAGAAGGCCUCACAAUGCUGUGGUAUAAAAGGCUCAGACAUUGUCACUAUUAG